UCGACUGUAUGUGUAAUGUGUAGUUGCAAUUUGUGACACGACUUCAAAAAAAAUCUUCGAAAAAAUAAUUCAAAGAUGGAUAAACGUCAUAUCAUGUUACCAUUAAACUCAGAUAUACGAUUAAAAACCAACCUUUAGAUAUCCUGACACGUGGACAAAUAAACAUUAUCUCCAAUACAGCCGUGCCUUCACUAGUACCGUCAAGUCUUGGUUUAAUGAGGCGAUGAGAACUCGCUAUGAAAAUGACAAACAAGAGUUUACGAUUGUGUAGUGAACGUUAAUUAUUAAAUGGACAAACAGAUAAACGUGUAUUUUUCUCCGUCGUCACGUAAAAAUAAUACAAUGUUAGCAGCUUCCAACAGAAAAUGGACAUAAAGUUCCAUAAUUUUAAAAUGAAUUGAAUCUCAUAAAGAAUUAUAUAGGUUAAAAGUCUGUAUCAUUUUACACUUAAAAGAAAAUGUAAAUUUUGUUUGAUUAUAUAUUAACUUUAUUCACAUGUACAAGAAGAAAUUUGUUCUCCGUACGCAAAUGAUAAUGAAUUAUUAUGUGAUACCAAUGAAUUAAGAAAGUGAACAAUGGACACACUGAAAGCAAAAAAUGUAUCAAGGAAAACAUUUAAUUUGUCAUUGGAAAGAAUCAGUAUUAAAUCUUUAAAACAUGAAAUAAAUAUUUACCAAGAGGUACUUAACUUUUUACCUCUGAAGAAAGCAUAUAUUCAUAAGUUGUGAUAAAUUUUUUAUAGAUAUUAUUCCUGAUAAAUAGAUCUUUUUCUUUUAAAUAACAAGGUAUAAAAUCUCAUAAUUUUUAAAUCUCUCUGAAAGAAUCAUAAAUUAUUUGCAUAACAAUAACAUAAAUAACAUAAAUCAUUAAUUAUAUCAAUUUGAAAAUUGAAAACAUGAAUUCACUUUAUAAUACCACAGACAAAAAGUUGUAUCAUAGAGGACAAAUUGAUGUAAUAGAUAUGCCAAUACAAUUAACUUGUAAUUACAAGUAUUUCCUUGUCUAUGAGGAUCAAGUAUCCAGAUUUGUUGUGUUGAAAGGUUUACAUGGAAACACAGCAAAUGAAGUAGCUGUGAAACUGUUAGACAUACUGGCUAUUAUCGGAGCACCACAGGUCUUACAAAGCAGCAAUGGACGCAAAUUUGCUGAAGAAGUUGUGCAAGAGAUACGUCUUUUGUGGAAAGAUUUCAUGAUACUUCAUGGAGAAAUCACUGAGAACAGUGAACAGAGUAGAGAUUUUAAAACCUUACUUGAAUGUUGGGUAGAAGAAAAUCCAACGAAAACAUGGUACGAAGCUUUGAAACAUAUACAAAUUUUUCAGAAUUCAACAUUUCGUUGUGAAAAUGGAAAAAUUCCAUAUGAUAUAUUAUUUGGGAAAAAUGUACAUGAAGAAUUCCAAAAACAAACUAAUCUAAUAAAUUUAAGAGAUAAUGUAUGGACAGAAGAAGAAUGGAUUAGCCUCUUACCCAACAAAGAAGAUGAAGUUAAGGAAGAAGAUAUGCAGCAGCUUAUAGAUGAGCCUACCUUUGCAAACAGAGAUGUAGAUAGCUUAAAUGAUUGUGAGAGUGAAGAUUCUUGCAAUGAAGUCAGGGGUGAAUUUCAAAGAAGCACUCCUGGUUUUAAUUUUGUGAAUGUUAAGAGUGAACCUUUGAACAUGCAUACAGAAGAUUCAGUAUUUGAGGAUGAAUUGGGAAUAGAUGACAAGGCAUCAAAUGCGGAGAAUCAAAUCAAUUUAAAAUGUAAAAUCUGCAAGAAACAAUACAUGAAACCUGGCCACUUAAGAAAUCAUAUGAGAACACAUAUAAAGGGGAAAAAAUUCGAAUGUAAACUAUGCAACAAAACAUUUCAUGUUCUAAGCUUAUAUGAAAAACAUAUGAGACAAUCUCAUAGACAAAGUAAAUUAUCCAGUCUGACCAGAAGUAGAAGAAGUAAAGACUCUCAAGAUGAAACAACAUUAGACACGAAAGCAUCUAAAUUAAGAAAUUUCUCACAAUUAAAUGUCAAUGAAACACAAUCAAAUGAAGCAAAUGAUUGUAAAGAGGCAACAAAGAGUUUAAGUCUCCUCAAGGAAAGGAAGAAAAUUGCUGCAGACAAUCGUCCAAUGAAAAUAAAUGGAGAUCCAACUUUGGAAUGUUCAUAUUGUAAUCAAAAGUUUAACUUUCCUAGUGUAUUAAAAAGGCAUAUGCGAUCUCACACAAACGAAAGACCCUACAUUUGUUUAAUUUGUAAUAAGAGUUUUAAGCAAUUGGGCCACCUUAGCCAACAUUCAUUAACGCAUAAAGAUUAUCGGUCUUUCCAUUGUGCGGUUUGCGGUGUGAAAUUCGACUCUUUAGGUUCGCUGAAGAUCCAUGCUCAAUCGCAUAAAGGACAUUACAUUUCAAAAACUAAAGAGACUUUCCGUUUGUUCGAAUGUGAUAACUGUAAAAAAGUGUUUACCACCAAAAGUGUUUUGGAACGACACAUACUUACUCAUUCUCAUGAACGUCAAUUCCCAUGCAUCAUUUGUGGGAAAAGAUUCAAACAAGCGGGACACGUAAAGUCUCACAUGUUGGUACACACGGGAGAACGAAAAUUCGAAUGUUCGGUCUGCAAAAAGAGAUUUAGCCUUUCGAAUUCUUUGAAGAAACACAUGUAUGUUCACAAUGGAGAAAAACCUUAUCAAUGCGAUGUAUGUGGUGCACGGUUUCUUGAAAAAAGAAAUCUAAACGGGCAUCUAAUGACUCAUACGAACGAGCGUCCGUUCCGCUGUAAAAUUUGCGGAAAAAGAUAUACUUUAGCCGAUACUUUGCGUCGGCAUAUAAGUGCUGCACAUGAAGAUGGACGCACUUAUCAGUGCGAGAUUUGUGCAAAAAUGUUCAAGCAGCUCGCUCAUCUGUCCGUUCAUAAAAAGGUACACAACGACGAACGCCCAUUUCAGUGUCAUUUAUGCGAGAAAAAUUUUAAACAUAAAAAUGUGCUUAAAUCUCACUUGGCCAUUCAUGCAAAUGUAAGGCCAUUUGAAUGCGAUGUAUGCAAAGCUACGUUUGUAAGGAAAACAAAUUUGCAAACCCACAUUGCAUCAGCUCAUAUGAACGAAAGACCAUACGUUUGUACUAUUUGUGGAAAACGGUUCAAACAGAUUAGUCACUUAAACGGUCAUGUAGUAGUGCAUAGCAAUUUAAUGCCUUAUCAAUGCGAUUUCUGUGAUCGACGAUGUAAUAGACUCGAUAAUCUAAAGAAACAUAUGCGUCUUCAUACGAAAAAUAAAGAGUAAACAGUGUAAAGUAA